CCAAGAGCCUCCGGGGCGGAGGGACGGGAGGCCGCCUGUGCCGGAGGAGUCACUUUUUCGGCGCCGCUUUCUUUGCAUUGCUCAAACCUGGAGCCAACCCGAGCUCACAGCGUGAGUCAGCGGGCCCGGCGGCGGGAGAGGGAAGGUGGGCGCAGAGAUCGGCGCGCACCCCGAGGCCUGCACCGGAGGAGGGAAGGACACCCCGAGGGCGGCCCCCGACCCAGCCCCACAGGUGAGCGCGGGAGCCCGCUGUCCUCCCCCUCCUCCCCAUCACCCUCCGGCGCUGCCACCGCCACCGCCGCGCAGAUUCUGUCUGGGUGCUGCCACCCAGCCACUCCUCUGCCAAUGAAGUACAUCCUAGUCACCGGUGGGGUGAUCUCCAGCAUUGGGAAAGGGAUCAUCGCGAGCAGCAUUGGGACGAUUCUAAAGUCAUGGGGACUCCGAGUCACCGCCAUCAAAAUCGACCCCUAUAUCAACAUUGAUGCAGGCACUUUUUCGCCUUAUGAGCACGGAGAAGUGUUUGUCUUAAACGAUGGUGGAGAAGUUGACUUAGACCUUGGAAAUUACGAAAGGUUCUUGGAUAUCAAUCUUUAUAAAGACAACAACAUCACCACUGGGAAGAUAUAUCAGCAUGUGAUCAAUAAAGAGAGGCGUGGUGACUACCUGGGGAAAACUGUACAAGUUGUCCCUCACAUUACUGAUGCUGUCCAGGAGUGGGUUAUGACUCAAGCCAUGGUGCCAGUGGAUGGUCACAAGGAGGAGCCUCAAAUCUGCGUUAUUGAGUUGGGUGGCACCAUCGGAGACAUUGAAGGAAUGCCGUUUGUGGAAGCAUUCAGACAAUUUCAGUUUAAAGCCAAAAGAGAGAAUUUCUGCAACAUCCAUGUUAGCCUUGUCCCACAGCCCAGUGCUACCGGAGAACAAAAAACCAAACCCACACAAAACAGUGUUCGUGCGCUGAGGGGCUUGGGCCUAUCUCCUGAUCUGAUCGUCUGCCGGAGCUCCAAGCCCAUCGAAAUGGCUGUGAAGGAAAAGAUUUCCAUGUUUUGUCAUGUGAACCCUGAACAGGUCAUAUGUAUCCAUGAUGUUUCUUCCACAUACCGAGUGCCCGUGCUUUUGGAGGAACAAGGCAUCGUUAAAUAUUUUAAAGAGAGAUUGAAUUUGCCCAUUGGUGACUCUGCAAAUAAUUUGCUUUUCAAGUGGAAAAAUAUGGCUGACAGGUACGAAAGGCUGCAGAAAACGUGCUCCAUCGCUCUGGUCGGCAAAUACACCAAGCUGCGGGACUGCUAUGCCUCUGUGUUUAAAGCUCUGGAACAUUCCGCCUUGGCCAUCAACCACAAGUUGAAUCUGAUGUACAUAGACUCCAUUGAUCUGGAGCACACCACCGAAACCGAGGACCCUGUGAAAUUCCACGAGGCAUGGCAGAAGCUAUGCAAAGCCGAUGGUGUUCUGGUGCCAGGAGGCUUUGGGAUCAGAGGAACAUUGGGCAAACUCCAGGCGAUUUCUUGGGCAAGGGCAAAGAAGAUUCCUUUUCUUGGAGUUUGCCUUGGGAUGCAGCUAGCAGUGAUAGAGUUUGCAAGGAACUGCCUUAACUUGAAAGAUGCCAAUUCCACAGAAUUUGAGCCAAGUGCCCCUGUGCCUGUGGUGAUUGACAUGCCGGAACACAACCCUGGCAACUUGGGAGGAACGAUGAGGCUGGGAAUAAGAAGAACUGUUUUCAAAACGGAAAAUUCAAUAUUAAGGAAGCUUUAUGGUGAUGUUCCUUUUAUAGAAGAAAGACACAGACAUCGGUAUGAGGUGAACCCUUCCUUGGUCAACCAAUUUGGGCAGAGUGACUUACAUUUUGUAGGACAGGAUGUUGAUGGGGAGAGGAUGGAAAUCAUUGAACUGGCAAAUCACCCCUAUUUUGUUGGUGUCCAAUUCCAUCCCGAGUUUUCUUCUAGGCCGAUGAAGCCUUCCCCUCCAUACCUGGGACUAUUACUUGCAGCAACUGGGAACCUGAAUGCCUACCUGCAACAGGGAUGCAAACUGUCCUCCAGUGAUAGAUACAGCGAUGCCAGUGAUGACAGCUUUUCAGAGCCAAGGAUAGCUGAGUUGGAAAUAAGCUAAUACAUGACUUGGAAUGACAGGCGCUACCUGAGAGGGCUCUGAAGUAAUUGAAGCCAAGAUAAAGCAACUACCUGAAGAAAUCACCACAUUCUUAAAGAAUCACGCAACGUGGGACGAAAGCCUCAAAGGGAAUCAAAUGAUAUGUACUUUCACGCACCAGAACCAAAGGGGCACUUUCCUUUUCCCUCCAGAGGCGGCCCUUGGGUCUCCCAGAUUUCCCUAGCCGAUUAAACAUUUCCCACCAACCUGACUGGGGGAGAAAGUGUGUCUUUAUCUUGUCUGGUAUACCGUGAUGACAGGUGCUGAGCAACGAUACAGGACCUGAGCCUUCACUGGGCUGUAUGGGAAGGGUGGCAGGGCACAUGCAAUAAAAUGAAUUUUGAGU